GUCGUAUCCAGCUUCUUCAAUGCGCACAUGCUGAUCGUUCAGGACCUCAAGACACGUUCCAGAACCUGGCUCAGCACCCGCGACGGCAAAAAUCUUUCUGUCCGACCCGGCGUCGUCGUCAUGAAGUUCGGAGAGCAGUUACGCUCCAGCGUUAUUCAGGAGUAUCAGUGGUACUAUAUCGAUUACGAUGGUUUGAAAAAUGAGCUCAAGGGACCUACCGGUCCUUUGAAGGCCGGCAAGGGCCCAGAAUGGACUGAGGAUGACGAGACGCGCUUCGUCGAAAGGCUCGAGUCAGAGCUCGACAAGGUUCACACAAAGCAGAAGGUCAAGGCUAUGGAGAUUUCCCGUCGAAUUGCUGUGAGCGAACGCGAAGUCAAGGAUGUUGUUAACCGCCUGAAUGAGCGUGGCCUUGGCGAGAAUGGCCCUAGCGAAGAAGAGUUCAUGCUUCUCGAAGAGGAUCUCAGCGACAUUAUAGCCGAUGUCCAUGACCUCGCCAAGUUUGUGCAGCUCAACUAUACCGGGUUUUACAAGAUCAUUAAGAAGCACGAUAAAACGACCGGAUGGCACCUGAAGCCCGUUUUCGAUAGCCGGCUCAAAGCCAAGCCCUUUUACAAGGAAAACUACGACGCGGCUGUCAUCAAGCUGUCGAAGCUUUACGACCUCGUCCGAACUCGCGGAAAUCCCGUCAAGGGCGACAGUGCUGCGGGUGGAGGCCAAGCCAACUUCAUCCGACAAACGACUAAAUAUUGGGUGCACCCCGACAAUGUCACGGAACUGAAGCUUAUUAUCCUGAAGCACUUGCCUGUUCUCGUCUUCAAUGCCAACAAGGACUUCGACCCGGAAGAUUCAGCCAUCACAUCGAUUUACUACGACAAUCCCGACACAUGGGACCUGUACGAAGGUCGACUGAAGAAAACUGAAGGUGCCGAGGCGAUUCGACUUCGAUGGUAUGGAGGCAUGAAGACAGAGACGAUCUUCGUCGAGCGCAAGACUCAUCGUGAAGAUUGGACGGGUGAGAAGUCCGUCAAGGCUCGAUUUGCCAUGAAGGAGAAAAACGUCAACGCGUACAUGAAGGGAGAACUGCUCCCAGCCGCCAUCUUUGAGAAGGCACGCAAAGAGGGCAAGAAGUCUGAGAAGGCCAUUGCUGAGGACGAGCGAUUGGCCUCUGAGAUCCAAUAUUCGGUUAUUAAAAAGGGCUACAAGCCCGUUUGCCGAUCUUUCUAUAACCGCACUGCGUUCCAGCUGCCCGCCGAUGCCCGUGUCCGAAUUUCGCUGGAUACGGAGCUCACAAUGGUACGAGAAGACAAUCUUGAUGGCCGUGUCCGCUCUGGAGAUAACUGGCGCCGUAUGGACAUCGGUGUUGACUAUCCCUUUUCGCAAUUGCCUGCCGAAGACAUUGAGCGGUUCCCUUAUGCCGUUCUGGAGGUCAAGCUCCAGACGCAGUCCGGUCAGAAACCACCUGAGUGGGUUCGCCAGCUCAUCUCAUCUCACCUGGUGGAGGCUGUGCCCAAAUUCUCGAAGUUCAUCCACGGUACGGCGACGUUGUUUCCUGAUAGAAUCAACCUCCUGCCUUUCUGGAUGCCUCAGAUGGACGUAGACAUCCGCAAACCCGUUACUCAUGACUUUGGUAUUCGACGACCCGGGUUGUCAGGUACUACCAAUACAUCUGAUGAUGACGAAGAACUUGACUCGGAUGACGAGGAAUUACAGGCUUCUGGCCGCAACGGCACUAACGGCGAGUCGAGCGCACAGGGCGCUCGUGGUCUCCGCGAGCUCCCCCCUAUUGACAUGGAGGGCCAGAUGACAGACCUUCCCGCGGCCGAUGAAGACUAUGCGAUAUACAACUCCGAUGAUGAGUAUGAUGAAAGAUACGAGCUGGCGCAAGCCAAGAGAAGCGGAGGAUGGCGCUACUACUCGACUUUGCUUUCUGCCAAGACUCGACAUCUCAGACAACAUUUUGGAAAACACGUGAUUUCUGCGCUCAAGCUUGCUAUUCCUGCGCCUAGAAGCACGCAGGUUGAACGCAGUGACCGGCUGCAAGCCUUGUUUGGGCACGAUCCUAUUCAGAAUAAGAAGUUUAAGGCGCCCCCUGGCAAGAAGAUCUACGUGCCUGUACGCGUGGAACCCAAGGUCUAUUUUGCGGCUGAAAGAACAUUUUUGGGAUGGCUCGAGUUUUCUAUCUACAUCGGCACAAUUGCUGUCACGCUACUCAAUUUCGGUAGCCAUCCCACACCUACCCACUUCUGGAUUUCUGGCCUCUUUACUGCGUUGGCUAUUGCAAGCCUCGCCUACUCUGUGUUUACGUAUCUCCACCGAAGUAAAGGCAUCCGAGAACGUAAGGCUAUUGGGUUCUACGACCGUUGGGGUCCAAGUAUUCUCUGCAUAGCUCUGUUCGUAGGCGUAGCCGCGAACUUUGGGUUUGAGGGUAAGGAGAGAGGCAUCUGGUAGGAACAAGGAGUCUUGGUCUUGGUAGGCUUUGUUGCAUGCAUUUUUGUAGCGGUGUUUGAGAUAAAGUCUUGAUGAGGGUGUUGUGCUAGGCUUGGAUCGGUUCCCUUUUGUGUAAUAUGAGUUCCUCAGUUGAAGAGGUGGAAGCGAUAGGUCGAGUGGCUAGUUUACAAAGUCGAGUAAUGCAGUUAGUGAGCUCAGCAAAGUUAAAAAGCAUACAGAAGGA